AUGUUCAGUUUUGAAGAAGAGGCUUCAUCAUCGGAUCAAAAGCAACCAACAACAUUGGCUCCUGGGAUUAGAAAUAAUCAAGAAGAAGAGGAAUUUACAAUCAAUCAAACACAACAACAAACUCAACAAAAACCACAACAAUAUACUCCGAUUGAAACAAUUGAUAUUAAUUAUGAAAAGUUAAAAGAUUGGCUGGUAGAUAGAAGCUUUCUUGCUUCCGAUUACGUAAAACCUUUGAAGCAAAUUAGAGCAUAUAUUAAACAUGCUUGGAAUGAGUUGAUAUCAAGACAUGAAGAGCUGAAGGACACACAAAAGGAGAAGGAACAACCAGUGGCUGAAUUAAUUGCAAAAAUCAAACAAGAAGCAAGAGAGUCCCAAGAACAAGAUGAGGUGUCUCGUAUUGAUUACUUUUUGACCAAACAAAUUGUACAGGUUUUGGAAAAGGCAGACGCCUCUGAAGGAAGUGGCUUUUUGUUUGGCUUGGUCGGAGGCUCUAAACGACUUAAAUUAUGGAAACAUGUAUUACAGUCAUACGAAAGCAAAUCCAUUCAUUUGGCUGAACUUUCUGGUUACAUGAUCCAAAAUGUAAAGUAUGAAUUACCUGCAGUAGCGAGCUCACUUUUGACAUUAAGAAAUCAAUUAGAAAGUCUUGAUAAGAAAGAGGAAGACUGGAAGAGAUCACUCGAGUUGACAAAAAGGGAAUUUGCAGAGGCUUGUGAAAAGCUUUCAAUUAACAAGGAAAAGGUGGACAGAGUUAUUGAAUUUGCCUCUUUGGGAAGUAGCGUCGGUAUUGACAUGGAAGAAGAAAUUAAGAAAGCAGUUUUUGAAUUACCAUCUCUAUACGAAAAAAUUAUUGACUCAUGCCGUGAUCCUGUAUUUAAGAAAGCUGUAGACUAUUAUGAACAAUUUACCCUAUUUAUUAACAAGCAAAACUGUUCUGAGCCACUUUUGAAUUUUAUCUUGUCCAAUAUGGACGCUCAGUACAGUGGAACCAUGCCAAGUUUGUCGCUUUAUGAUUGGAAGUCUUUUAACAAAGAAGAAUUACCAAAGUAUGACGAAGACAAAGUUCAAACCUUAAUUGGUAAGCUUUUAAAAGAAGAAGAAUCCAAGAAGCAGAAUGACGUUGAGAAAGAACCAGAAAUUGAUUUUGGCGAUUUUUCAACAGAUAAUACCAACUUGGAAAUUCAAUGGGACACCAACAUUGAAGAAAACAAAGAAGUUGAAAUCAAAUUUGAUGAUGUCGUUCAAGAGAAAGAGCUGGAAAUAGACUUUGGAGACUUUAGUACAGACCAAGGAUUUUCUAUGGAUGACACGACUACUAGUAUAUCACAAGUAUCUAAUAGUGACAAUGAAAAGAACAAUCAAGCAGUAGCAGAAAUGAAGAUGAGAUCUUUCCUUGAUUCAGAGGACAUACGAGCACGAUUUUCCAGUAACAUUUUCCAACUCUAUGCCUUCAUCCAACAAAGACUUGUUGAAACCUCUCGAAAUUCUACAUUGGAAGCAGACAUUUUCAGAAAUGCUCCUCAAGCGAUCAAAUCACUCUCGAGGGAUGAGUUGUCGCAAUUUAAAAAAGUAGUUGCCAACAUUAUUGCUACACUCAACAAUCCACACUUUAAACAACUUGUUCUCAUCAAGACUUCCAAGAAAUUUGUGGAACGUUUAGUGCAAUCAUUGACACAAAAGGUUGAAAUCAUGAGCAAAGUGAGAUCCAAUUUGGAAUCAGUGGAUUCUCAGCGCAUUUCUCUUAAUUCCUCAAUCAAAAAGCAACAACCUACUUUGGAAAAGCUGAAACGACAAACCAAAGAAUAUCAGCAAUAUGUUCAACAAACACUUUCAGAGAGAUUGGGAAAGAGAGUGCUCAUAUUCGGAGAAAUUAAUAAAAUUUAA